AUCUUCAUUGGAGGUACCAAAUCAAAAGAAGCGAAAUCAUUACAUCUGCAAUUCACCAAUAAAAAAUGGCUCUAGUAAUGGCGGUGGCACCAGGAGUCGAGAAAAAGAAUAAAACCAACAUUAAAGAAAGAGAAGAAGAAGAUCUAAAGAUGAGAAACGAAGAACUCGAAAGAGAAUUGAAGAAAAGCCGAGAAAGAGAAGAACAAACGAGAGUCGAGCUUCAGAAAGUUCUGGAACGACUGCGUUUGGCGGAGGAAGCUGAAGAAAUGCUAUGUUCACAGCUCGGUGAACUUGAAGCUGAGGCCGUCAGUCAGGCGCGUGACUACCACGCUCAGAUCGUCUCUCUCAUGAGCCAGCUCUCCAAGGCUAACCAAAAUCAUAAAACUGCCAUUACUGUGUAAUUAUUCUUUUUUGUUAGUAGUUUCUGAAGAAAACUUCUGUGGAGCGUAUGAAGGUGGGUCCAAUCAUGAGCAGAAGUUUUUAUUUCUGGUGAUUUGUAUGUUAAAGGGAUUUGGUCUGUGUGGUGUAAUUGUAAUUGAUUGAAAAAGAAAAUUUUGUAAUUACAAAUUAAUUUUAUUGUAUCUUAUUGGGCAAUGUACUCUGCAUUUGAAUCCUUAAUUUUAAAUAACAAAUUCUCCUUUUGACUUUUCA